UCCCGUUUGGUGAAAUGACAGACAGCGGGUGAGAGAUAAACGGGUGUUUAAUCCGCUGGCAGAUGUGCGUUUCCAUCAGAGCUCCGGCGCAAGAUUUAAUCAUUUCCUCGCUGUACCAAAGAGCAAAGACGUCGCCGAGGUCGACUGCUGCCAGAUUUGAAGUUAAUCUUCACAACGGAUCCAUGCUCGCGGAUCAGAAAGUCGCCGGUGCCCUCGAUUGAGCCCGUGCGCACGGACAGAGAGUCGUUCUCCGCGCGCGCGCUCGGUCCCUGAUCCGCGCCGGUGUGUCCUCCUGAACGCGCCUCGGGAGGGAUGCUCAUUCACGGUGACUUAUUCUGGAAAGUGAUGCCCAGUUAGUACCUACGGAUGUGAGGAUGGGUGACUCCCACCAGCACGAGUGAGUGGAAAAGAUGCUGCUCGGAUGGAAAUUAUCCCUGUGUGGAUACAAGCAGAAGCAGGAGAUGGAUGUUGAAUGUUCCUCCUGCAGGUGCAGCAUGCUGAAGGGGACAGGUGUGAGCUUCAUCCUGCUGUGUCUGAUGGCAGAGGUCAGUCUGAGCGCGCAGCAGGUCUUGAGGAUCGGUGGGAUUUUCGAGACACUUGAGAAUGAACCGAUUCGCGUGGAGGAACUUGCCUUCAAAUUUGCUGUAACCAACAUUAACAGAAACAGGACUUUAAUGCCCAACACCACCCUCACCUACGACAUCCAGAGAAUCAACCUGUUCGACAGCUUCGAGGCUUCCAGACGAGCCUGUGAUCAGCUGGCUCUCGGUGUGGCCGCCGUGUUCGGGCCGUCCCACAGUUCUUCAGUGAGUGCGGUCCAGUCCAUCUGUAACGCUCUGGAGGUCCCUCACAUCCAGACCCGCUGGAAACACCCGUCUGUUGACAACAAGGACAGUUUCUACAUCAACCUGUACCCAGACUACGCCUCCAUCAGCCGCGCCGUACUCGACAUCGUGCAGUUCUACAAGUGGAAAGCAGUGACGGUGGUGUACGAGGACGCAACAGGUUUAAUUCGUCUUCAGGAGUUGAUCAAGGCUCCGUCUCGCUACAGCAUCAAGAUCAAAAUCCGACAGUUACCGACGGGAAGUAAAGACGCUCGGCCGCUUCUCAAAGAGAUGAAGAAGGGGAAAGAGUUUUGUGUCAUCUUUGACUGCUCGUUCCAGACAGCAGCAGACGUCCUCAAACAGCUGUUGUCUAUGGGCAUGAUGACUGAAUACUACCAUUUCUUUUUUACCACGCUGGAUCUGUUUGCGCUGGACCUGGAGCCGUACCGAUACAGUGGCGUGAACAUGACGGGUUUCCGUCUGCUCAACAUCGACAACCCUCAUGUGGCGUCAGUGGUGGAGAAAUGGUCCAUGGAGCGACUGCAGGCUCCACCCAAACCUGAGACCGGCCUGCUGGACGGAAUGAUGACAACUGAAGCAGCUCUGAUGUAUGACGCCGUGUAUUUGGUCGCUGCCGCGUCCCAGCGAGCGUCUCAGAUCACCGUCAGCUCACUGCAGUGUCACCGACACAAACCCUGGCGCUUCGGCUCGCGAUUCAUCAGCAUGUUCAAAGAGGCUCAGUGGAACGGACUGACCGGACAGAUCAUCAUCAACAAGACGGACGGCCUGAGGAAAGACUUCGAUCUCGACAUCAUCAGUCUGAAAGAGGACGGGAUCGAAAAGCCGUUUAUGCAAAGUGGUCGCUUUAACAAAGUGUGGAAGAAGAUCGGUGUGUGGAACUCAAACACCGGACUCAACCUGACAGACAGCAACAAAGACAAAAACACCAACGUGACGGACUCCAUGGCCAACCGCACGCUCAUCGUCACCACAAUCCUGGAAAACCCAUAUGUGAUGUACAAGAAGUCCGAUAAGCCUCUGUAUGGGAACGACCGGUUUGAAGGCUACUGUUUGGAUCUCCUGAAGGAGCUGUCCAACAUCCUGGGCUUCUCCUAUGAAGUCAAACUGGUGUCCGAUGGGAAAUACGGAGCUCAGAAUGACAAAGGAGAGUGGAACGGCAUGGUGCGAGAGCUGAUCGAUCAUGUGGCAGAUUUGGCCGUGGCACCACUCACCAUUACUUACGUGCGAGAGAAAGUCAUCGAUUUUUCCAAGCCCUUCAUGACUCUGGGAAUCUCGAUCCUCUACCACAAACCCAAUGGCACCAAUCCAGGCGUCUUCUCCUUCCUGAACCCGCUCUCUCCGGACAUCUGGAUGUACGUGCUGCUGGCCUGCCUCGGGGUCAGCUGUGUGCUGUUCGUCAUUGCCAGGUUCACCCCGUAUGAAUGGUACAACCCUCAUCCCUGCAAUCCUGAUUCAGAUGUGGUUGAGAACAACUUCACCUUAAUCAACAGCGUUUGGUUUGGUGUUGGAGCACUUAUGCAGCAAGGAUCGGAGCUGAUGCCCAAGGCUUUGUCCACCAGGAUUGUUGGAGGUAUCUGGUGGUUCUUCACCCUCAUCAUCAUCUCGUCCUACACGGCUAACCUGGCCGCCUUCCUCACGGUGGAGCGAAUGGAUUCACCCAUAGACUCGGCCGAUGAUCUGGCCAAACAGACCAAGAUUGAGUACGGUGCUGUGAGGGACGGCUCCACUAUGACUUUCUUUAAGAAAUCAAAGAUCUCCACCUAUGAGAAGAUGUGGGCGUUCAUGAGCAGCCGGAAGAACACGGCGCUGGUGAAGAAUAACAGAGAGGGAAUCCAGCGCGUGAUGACCACAGAUUACGCUCUUCUGAUGGAGUCCACCAGCAUCGAGUACAUCAGCCAGAGAAACUGCAACCUCACGCAGAUCGGAGGACUCAUCGACUCCAAGGGCUACGGAGUCGGCACUCCUAUUGGUUCCCCGUAUCGUGACAAGGUGACCAUCGCCAUCCUGCAGUUACAGGAGGAGGGGAAGCUGCACAUGAUGAAGGAGAAGUGGUGGCGAGGAAACGGCUGUCCCGAGGAGGACAGUAAAGAGGCCAGCGCUCUGGGAGUGGAGAACAUCGGAGGAAUCUUCAUCGUGCUGGCGGCCGGACUCGUCCUGUCUGUGUUCGUGGCCAUCGGCGAGUUCAUCUAUAGAUCCAGGAAGAACCUGGACAUCGAGGAGGUGAGCGUGGGACAGUGUGAAUGGCACAAUAAAUACUGAUGGACACAGGACUUCAGAGGACGUCAGUUUUAUUAUGUACGUUUGCUCCUCGACUUUAUUAAAUCCAAACACACGCUGAUGAAACAUUACUUGUAUGAUGUCAGCUGUGUAAGAACUGACGGCGACUUUGGAUAAUGAGACACAUUUUUUUUUACAUUUUUCAUUUCCAGAUGGACAAACAAUAAGGCAUCUGUCAGUGAGAUAUGAAUUAAGACAGGAGUGUAAGUUUGCCGUUUAACUAUUACGCCGGUUACUGUAUUGUUGAGUAGUUCACUUCCACGUAGUUUGUUUAGAUUUAAAAGACCUGAACGUUUUAUUCUUUACAGACGUAUUCCUUCUUAAUCUAAUUUAUGAUAAGGCAUGUCUGGGAGUUUUACUAGGGGAUGUGUGUAAUUUUUUGUGUUAAAAUGCGUCAAUUAUACACGAUUCAUGGGUUGAGAGCGCAAACGACAUUAUUCUGUUUUAUUUUUUUCUUCUUCUUCUUUUACACAUUUUUGUUUGAAAUUAAUUACACAUUAAAAUUUAUUACAAUAAUGAGGAAGUCAAGUGUGGUUAAAAAAAAGGAUGCAUUUAUUUGGAAAAUUUCUAAAUGGGAUAGAAUUAUGUAUUUUUCAGUAAAACAAUUUUUUUACAGUAAAAUCUUAACGUAUAACAUAAAAAAAUUAAUUUGUAACUUUUAAGGAACAUUACUGUUUUAACAUGCAUGAAAUAUCAAAUAAUUCGUUGGGAAACCUGUUUGGGAACCAUUUGUUCAUUUCCAUUUGAAGGAGAAAUUACAUGCAGGCUCAUUUUGACUGUCUUAGCCUUUCUUUUAUGACAUGAUUUAUUUUAUUUAAUGACUGUUGGUAACAUUUGUCUGAAAGCCGUGUGUAAUUUACGAACCCUUUUUUAUGUCUAUAAUGCUGGCUUAACAUGCAGGACCAGCAUUACAUGAGUCCUAACCAAUCGUGAGGUGUUAAGUCAGUUUUAUGUUCUCAUUAAAAUUUAAAAUGCAGUGACAAAGUCAUAACUGAAGAGAGUAAAUGUGGUUUAAGAUGCAAUAUGGAGGAUACUGGGAAUGUGCAAAACAUAACUAAAUGUCACGGCUCUUAAAGGACAAAACCUCAGAGUAACAGACUUGUUGUCUACAGGUGCAAGACUUUGUCUUCAUGUUUUCAUCAUUUCUGCUUUUGUAUUGUAUGACAGUUAUGAAAAUGCAUAUAAAUAUUUUAUCACUUUGAAAUUA